AUGACUGGCAUCAUCACCACCAUCAUUGAUGCCAUCACCAUCAUCCUCGUCACUGUUGUCAUCACCAUCGUCAUUACUGACAUCAUCAUCACCAUCAUCACCAUCACUGUUGUCAUCACCACCGUCAUUACUGAUGUCAUCACUGUCAUCGUCAUCACUGUUGUCAUCAUCAUUACUGAUGUCACCACCAUCAUCAUUGCUGUUGUCACCACCAUCUUCAUUACUGACAUCAUCAUCACCAUCAUCACCAUCACUGUUGUCAUCACCACCGUCAUUACUGUUGUCAUCACUGUCAUCGUCAUGACUGGCAUCAUCACCACCAUCAUUGAUGCCAUCACCAUCAUCCUCGUCACUGUUGUCAUCACCAUCGUCAUUACUGACAUCAUCACCAUCAUCAUCCUCAUCACUGUUGUCACCACCAUCAUUACUGAUGUCAUCGCCAUCAUCGUCAUCAUUACUGACAUCAUCAUCAUCAUCACCGUCAUCGCUGUUAUCAUCACACACAAAGCCAAUACUUGCUUCCAGACCACCCCAUGGGGUCAACUCCACAUGGCCCUGCCCUCAGCAGAAAUUAAAGGAUUAAGAGCAUGUGUCAACAAUCAGCUCACUGAGCGAGACGCAGGGCCGCGGGUGCCGAGCUUGCCAGGCCUGAGGCAGGAGGAGGCCGCGCCCAUGGGCUCUCAGCCACCGCCGCUGGCCGCCGUGUCCUUGCUGGGGAUGCUGGUCACUUCCUGCCUCGGAUGGCCCAGCUGGGAUGAGCCAGGUUUCCUGGCCAAUCUCACCGACUCCCACUCACCGUGCCAGGGCCAGCUGGAGGUCUACACCACGGGCUCAUGGCACACCGUGUGCAGCCUCAGCUGGGGCAGGAGCUCAGAGGGCUGGAAGGACCCCUGGAAGGCCUCAAAGCUCUGUCAGCAGCUGCAUUGUGGGGAGGCCCUGGCGGUUGGCCCCUUCCAUCACUUCAACAAACCCCGCAACCAGAUCUUCUGCAUGGGACUCCCAGGGUCCUUUGCCAACUGCAGCAGAAGGACCAGCCAGUGCCACUCGCUGGGCCUGGUCUGCUUAGAGCCCAGGAAAACAACACCUCGGCCCACAAGUCCCCCACCGGAAACCACUCCACAGCCCACAGCUCCCCCCAGGCUGCAGCUGGUGCCGGGGCCCCGGGGCCUGCACUGCGCCGGCGUGGUGGAAUUCUACAGGGGCAGCCUGGGGGGCACCAUCCGCGCCGAGGCCCAGGACAAGAACGAGGACUUGGGGGAGUUCGUCUGUGCCACCCUCCAGUGUGGCUCCUUGAAGGAAGUGACAGCGGUCGAGGCUGCGGGGGAGUGGGGGGGACGCAGGCCUCUGCCAAUCCGAUGGGGCAUCCAGAACGCGAGCUGUACCUCCCUGGAGCAGUGCUUCAGGAGAAUCCAACCUCAGGACGGCCGCCGGGCGCUGGCCCUUGUCUGCUCGGAUUUCCAGCCCAAGGUGCAGAGCCGCCUUGUGGGGGGCAGCAGCAUGUGCGAGGGCACCGCGGAGGUGCGCCAGGGCCCACGGUGGGCAGCUCUGUGCCACAACUCUUCGGCCAAGGGCACGGCGCGGUGGGAGGAGCUGUGCCAGGAGCAGCAAUGUGGCGGCGUCAACUCCUACUACGUGCUGGACACUGGCAAGAAGGCUGCCUGGGGGUUCUCCUGUGCCCAGGAGAAACUGUCCCAGUGCCACGAGCUUCGGGAGAAAAAAGCCAACUGCAAGAGGGUGUUUGUCACAUGCCAGGACCCAAACCCUGCAGGCCCAGCUGCAGGCACCGUGGCGAGCAUCAUCCUGGCCCUGGUGCUCCUGGCAGUGCUGCUGGUCGUGUGCGGCCCUCUCGCCUACAGGAAGCUGGUGAAGAAAUUCCGACAGAAGAAGCAGCGCCAGUGGAUCGGCCCCACGGAAAUGAGCCAGAACAUGUCCUUCCACCGCAACCACACGGCCACCACCGUGCGCUCCCAGGCGGGGAACCCCACAGCCUCCUCCCACGUGGAUAACGAGUACAGCCAGCCUCCCAGGAACUCCCGCCUGUCCGCUUAUCCGGCCCUGGAAGGGGCCCUGCAUCGCUCCUCCGCCCAGCCCGACAACUCCUCCGACAGCGACUACGACCUGCACGCAGCGCAGAGGCUGUGAAAGGUGCA